GAAAAUAAUUUCACCAACAUAAAGUUUGAAGGCCAUUGUAAAUUGUUCUGAUACAUCUGGAGCACAAAAGGUAAAUAAUUCGAGGAGAGUCGCAAAUUUUUAAAGCAAGAAUUCAUAUAAAAUAUAUAUCCAAUGUAAUUUACCUUAAAAAUGAAAAUCCUUUGUGAGACAGUCGUGCAAGAUCGUGUAACGCAACGUAAUCGUUCACCUCGUUACGUUAAAUCCACUCUGGCAGUUGGAUAUAAUAAUUCCGCCAAAGAUGCAGAAGGAAACUCAACAAAGCAAUUAGAAAUAAUGCAUUUCACACCACAGAAUCAAGCGGGAGAAAGAUUUAAAGUAACUAAUAAUAUUGAGAAAAUAUUCUCCAAGUUUCUGCGAGAUGGCAAAGUUACCAUUGGAUUCAAGGAACCAGCGAUAAAUCUAAUGAUAAACUGCGAUCCUAUACAGUUGAAAGGUUUCCUACAAACUAUAAAACUUGGUUUGGAGGGAAAGGACUCAAUAAAUUUAAGACUGAAUAUAGCAGCUGCAUCGGCUAUACCACAACGCUCCAAACCACAGGAAAAAUUGACGGUUUUGCGUCGAGGUGAUUAUCCAGUCAAAGGGUUUCCACGCACAUUGAAGUCACUGAAAAUUUCGAACAUACAGCUGCUGAAGAUAUCCUUUGAAAUUUGCUCUCUGCGCAAUAUGACUAUGCUUGAUUUAAGUGACAAUCAAAUUUCUAAAGUGCCGCGUGAGAUGGGACGUUUAUCACUUGUGUCUUUUACCAUUAACAACAACCAGUUAGGUACAAUUAAUGAUUGGGAAUGGUUGCGCGGAAAAGAAAUACGUAAAUCACUACGUGAAUUAGAUUUAUCUGCAAAUGAAUUAAACUAUUUCCCACUUGACUUAAUACGCCUUGAACAGCUGAUUGGACUUAAAUUAAGCAAUAAUAAAAUUAAACGGUUACCGUUUGGAUUUCGACGUCUUCGUAACUUACGCAACUUAUAUAUAGCUUCAAACUUGCUAACUUCAUUGCCAUCGGAUUUUAAUCAAAUGUGUGUUUCUGUUCUCGACGUUUGGGGAAAUAAAUUCGGAAUGAAGAUGGAGCAUAAUUUAAGUGGAGCUUCUAAUAUACUCAAUUCUUCGCCACUGUGGCUUUUAUCAGCACGAGCAGUUUGUCAAAAUAAACUGCCUUAUUCAGCGGGUACAUUACCUUGGUUGCUCCUCGAUAUCUUGGCGGAAUCACCGCUUUGCGCUUGUGGAAAACUAUGUUUUGACACUCCCAUUUAUGAGCGUGCUGUCAUGGCUACGCUGGAUUACGUAAAGACUUUGGUUGUCAGUAGGGAGCACUUAAUUUAUGCUGAUAUUGUGUUGUGUGGGACGAACUGCGGAGGACGGAAGCAAAUGCUAACUUAUGAGCAUUCUUAGCAGAGUAAUGAUAGUAUUUAAAUUCCAUUAAGGUAUUUCGUUUCAUUACGUUGUAGAAUUCUUGUUAAAAUUGCUAAAUUAUUUGAAAAAAUAUUAUUUUUAUUUUCAAAAAUAAUAAACAUUUCCUUACAAAUCUGA